AUGGACUACAUACCCGACCUAAGUCAAUGGUGGAAAGCACCCGAGCUCGAGCCCGAUCGCAUCUGGAAAGAACCCGAGGUCCUUAUCAUGUGCACGUCCAUCUUCCCCGAAGUUUCCUCCUCAGCCAGCGCUUAUGAUGUAGCCAACCGCAGGUGGUAUGAGCUCAACAUAGACACGGUUGUGCGAGACGCAGAAGACUGGAUGUCUGAUGUGAUUACCAAGCACAUCAAAGCAUAUCACUCCAAACAUGGGACGCUUCCUGACUUCAAUGUUAUCAAUACCACACGUGAAGAAUCUACAACGACCUUUGAGAAGAAGCCAAACAGAGUGGUUGCCAGGUCCAUCCAAGGCAAUUUUUGCUAUUCCCGGGGCGAAUCGGACAUUCUGCCUACCACCACGUUCGACCAAAUCAAGAAUAAAGUGCAUCUGAGCUGCUCAGCUGAUCGCUGCACCUGGCAGGGAAUUGACUGUGUGUUUAAGCGUGUUGAGUUCCAGGAAGACUUGGAAGUGAUGGAACGCGAAAUUAGGCAAAGAGAGAAGUUACUUAGGGCGCUUGACGAGGAUCCCAAGUCAGGCUUCACGACCAUCGAGAGCCGUUUUCACGUUUUGCCUAUCCUUGCUGUCGUGCUCAAGUCCUCAGACACUGAUGAAGUUUUGGGACUGUUGAUGCCCUAUGGAGGACGGAGUUUGGAAGAUCUUGCCGGUGGAUAUCAGUAUGGCAUGGGGUACCGCGGCGAUGACGAAGACGAGGAUGAAGAGACUGACGGUGAAUUCAAGGACACUGAUGGUGAAGCUAAGAAGACUGACGAAGUCACCUUAGAGCCAGCGUCACUCCCACGGCUGCACAUCACGGAGACUCAAAUCCAAGCUUUGGUGGUAGCUUUGUGGGAGCUUGCUCGCGCCGGGGUUGUUCAUGGUGACAUUACGGAUAGAAACACUCUCUGCAUGGAAGAUGGGCAGCUGGUUUUCAUCGACUUGGGCGGUGUGGCCCCGGAUUACCAGGGAGAUUCACAUGCCAUGGGACUUAUGAUAAAAUGGGCGCUUGAACGGGUGGAUUGGAGUGCUCCGACCCUGGAACGGGUCCGUAAGGUUGGCCGUUGUCUUGAGAGCAUCACAGAUCAAACGUAG